AUGGCCAAGCUCAAGAACUUUGUGCUCCAGGUGGACGAUACAUCCUCCAGUCUCAAUGCUGGUCUGCCCCUCGCCAAAGGCAUGUCUUUGUCUCAUUGGCAACAAACGACACGCUCGCAUCCGUUACUGAACGAGCGGACAACUCGAGUACUGCCUGCUGAAGCGGAUAUCGUUGUCAUUGGAUCCGGGCUCUCCGGCGCGCUCACCGCACUGUCUCUUCUUCGAUCUGAUACACCACCUGCAUCAAUCGUUAUGCUCGAGGCGCGCGAGCUCUGUUCUGGUGCUACGGGUAAAAAUGCUGGUCACUGUAAGCCUGAUGCUUACAGGGGAUAUUCCGAGUAUGAAGAACGAUUUGGUGCCAAAGAAGCUAUCAAAAUCCUCGCGAACGAGAAACGUACUUGGCAAGCGAUGGUCGCUUUUGUCAAAGACAAUGAAGUUGACUGUGAUCUAUGGACCGGAAAGACUAUGGACGUCUUUAUGGACGAGGAAUCGACUACCAAAGCGGCAAGUGUAUUCCAAGCCUUCCAAGAGGCGGGCGGGGAUGUCUCAGCCAUAGAGGUGACGAGUGAGCGAAGCAAAGCUAGAAAGGUCUCUCGUCUCGAGGAUGCCCGAGCAGUGUACGCCUGGGACGCAUCGACGCUACAUCCAUGGAAACUAGUCGCUCACAUCAUUCAACAAUGUCUCAAGGCUGGGCUCAACCUUCAAACAUGGACGCCGGUCCUGUCCAUCACGGAAUCCAGCCAUGGGUGGACAGUCAACACCGACCAAGGGUCCAUCAAUACACCCACCGUCAUCCACGCCACAAACGGCUUUGCUUGUGCACUUCUCCCCGAGAUGACAUCCCUGAUCGAUCCCACUCCUCAUAUGUGCAACCGCAUCUACCCAUCUAGCUCCUUCUCUGGUACCAACGCCCUGCAUAACUCUUACGGCGUCAUCUACGCGAACGGCAUGUACUCUGUGAACCCGAGGAGUAUUUCUGAUGGAGUCAUCCUCGUCGGUGGAAGCCCUCCAAGCUUGCACGAGCUCGAAGAGUAUGUUGCAAAGGACAAGAAGAGACAGACAGAUGAUAGCCUGGUCAAUUUCGAACCAGUCACAACCUCGGUGCGCGAAUUGGGGUCGAAAGGGUUUCGCUGGGAGUCAUCAGACUAUGGCGCUGCUACGCAAUACGACUGCUCUUGGAGUGGGAUUCUCGGUAUGAGCGCCGACAGCGUCCCGUUCGUUGGUGCUGUCCCAGGUAAGCCGGGUCAAUGGAUGUCAUGCGGGCACAACGGACACGGCAUGGCACGCAUCUUCACCUGCGCGCCAGCUUUGGCAAAGCUCGUCCAAGGUCGUAGCUGGUCCGAGACUGGUCUGCCUGGUUGUUUUCAAGUCACAGAGGAACGUCUGCGCGGGUUGAAAAAGUUAUGA